AUGUCGUCUAAUAUUGCAGAGUCGCUUAAUAAGGCCUUGCUUCCGGCUAGAGGCAGCCCUGUUGUUGCAUUGUUAGAGUUUAUUAGGAAGAUGUUAGGAAGGUGGUUUGCAUCACGACGAAAGAAAAUAUCAAGGACAGUUGGGGAUAUACCUAUCGCAGUGGAAAAGCAGUUGAUGAAGAGGUUUAAGGAAGGACUGGGCAUGACUGUGUUGGCUGUGGGUAGCUGGGAUUACGAAGUGGUGACCAAAACUGGGUCUCGGUAUAUUGUAUCAUUAGAGGACAGAACUUGCAGCUGCCUGGAAUUUCAAAAAAUCAAACUGCCCUGCGCUCAUGCAAUGGCUGCAGCUAAUGAUAGAGAUUUGGAAUACAGGACUAUGGUAUAUGACAUAUACAGAAUCGGUGUUUGGACCAAAACAGUCGCAGAGCCAAUUCUACCAGUGCGAGAUCCUGCAGAUGUGACUAUCCCUGCAGAGAUAAGGAUUAGGUAUUUGAUGCCACCGAGGUCAAAGAGACCACCUGGGAGACCACCUAAGCUACGGGUUCAUUCGGCGGGUGAAUAUGAGGGGACAAACAAAACGAAACAACCAAACAAAUGUGGAAGGUGUGGAGGCUUCGGUCACAAUAGGACAAUUUCAGAUUAA